AUGGAAUCAGACCUAAAGGAAUCAGAUAUGAAGGUGUCAGAUAUAAAGGAGUCAGACCUAAUGGAAUCAGAUAUGAAGGAGUCAGAUAUAAAGGAGUCAGACCUAAAGGAAUCAGAUAUACAGGAGUCAGAUAUAAAGGAGUCAGACCUAAAGGAAUCAGAUAUAAAGGAGUCAGACCUAAAGGAAUCAGAUGUAAAGGAGUCAGAUCUAAAGGAGUCAGAUAUAAAGGAAUCAGAUAUAAAGGAGUCAGAUAUAAAGGAAUCAGAUAUAAAGGAAUCAGAUAUAAAGGAAUCAGAUAUAAAGGAGUCAGACCUAAAGGAAUCAGACUUAAAGGAAUCAGAUAUGAAGGAGUCAGAUAUAAAGGAGUCAGACCUAAAGGAGUCAGAUAUAAAGGAGUCAGACCUAAAGGAAUCAGAUAUAAAGGAGUCAGAUAUAAAGGAAUCAGAUAUAAAGGAGUCAGACCUAAAGGAAUCAGAUAUGAAGGAGUCAGAUAUAAAGGAGUCAGAUAUAAAGGAAUCAGAUAUAAAGGAAUCAGAUAUAAAGGAAUCAGAUAUAAAGGAGUCAGACCUAAAGGAAUCAGACUUAAAGGAAUCAGAUAUGAAGGAGUCAGAUAUAAAGGAGUCAGACCUAAAGGAGUCAGAUAUAAAGGAGUCAGACCUAAUGGAAUCAGAUAUGAAGGAGUCAGAUAUAAAGGAAUCAGAUAUAAAGGAGUCAGACCUAAAGGAAUCAGAUAUGAAGGAGUCAGAUAUAAAGGAAUCAGAUAUAAAGGAAUCAGAUAUAAAGGAAUCAGAUAUAAAGGAGUCAGACCUAAAGGAAUCAGACUUAAAGGAAUCAGAUAUGAAGGAGUCAGAUAUAAAGGAGUCAGACCUAAAGGAAUCAGAUGUAAAGGAGUCAGACCUAAAGGAGUCAGAUAUAAAGGAGUCAGAUAUGAAGGAAUCAGAUAUAAAGGAGUCAGAUAUAAAGGAGUCAGAUAUAAAGGAGUCAGAUAUAAAGGAAUCAGAUAUAAAGGAGUCAGAUAUAAAGGAGUCAGAUAUAAAGGAAUCAGAUAUACAGGAGUCAGAUAUAAAGGAGUCAGACCUAAAGGAAUCAGAUAUAAAGGAGUCAGACCUAAAGGAAUCAGAUGUAAAGGAGUCAGAUCUAAAGGAGUCAGAUAUAAAGGAGUCAGAUAUAAAGGAGUCAGACCUAAAGGAAUCAGAUGUAAAGGAGUCAGACCUAAAGGAGUCAGAUAUAAAGGAAUCAGAUAUAAAGGAGUCAGAUAUAAAGGAGUCAGAUAUAAAGGAGUCAGAUAUAAAGGAAUCAGAUAUAAAGGAAUCAGAUAUAAAGGAAUCAUAUAUAAAGGAGUCAGAUAUAAAGGAGUCAGACCUAAAGGAAUCAGAUAUAAAGGAAUCAGACCUAAAGGAAUCAGAUAUAAAGGAAUCAGACCUAAAUGAAUCAGAUAUAAAGGAAUCAGACCUAAAGGAAUUAGAUAUAAAGGAAUCAGAUAUAAAGGAAUCAGACCUAAAGGAAUCAGAUAUAAAGGAAUCAGAUAUAAAGGAGUCAGAUAUAAAGGAGUCAGACCUAAAGGAAUCAGAUAUAAAGGAAUCAGAUAUAAAGGAAUCAGAUAUAAAGGAGUCAGAUAUAAAGGAGUCAGACCUAAUGGAAUCAGAUGUAAAGGAAUAG